AUAAGUGUGUAUGGAGCACAGUUGCCAUCAGAAACUUGCAGGGAGCUGGGCUUCUCCAGUAACUUGCUGUGCAGUUCUUGCAACCUUCUCGGACAGUUCAAUCUGAACCAGCUGGAUCCCUUCUGCAGGGAGUGCUGCCAAGAAGAAGCUCAGCUGGAAACCAGAAAGCUUUAUGCAGGAGCUGUCCUAGAGGUAUGUGGAUGAAAACUGGGAAGGUUCCCUCAAGUCCAGGCUUUUGUCAGGAGUGAUAAGCCAAAACUCUUCAGGGGACUGCAGAUCAAGUAUGUGCGUGGUUCUGACCCUGUCCUAAAGCUGCUGGACGACAGUGGGAACAUUGCAGAAGAGCUGAGCAUCCUCAAGUGGAAUACAGAUAGUGUGGAAGAAUUUCUAAGUGAAAAAUUAGAACGUCUAUAAGCCACUGCUUUCCAUCCUCUUUCCUUUUCCUAUUUUGUCAUGGUAAUCUUCUCAAAUGAAGUGCACUACAAUUGAAAAAACAUUCCAUCUUCUAUAUUAGUUUUAAAAUAUCUGUUGUGCUGUACUAAACAUCUCGUAAUUAGAAGGGAAGCUUCAGCACACAUAUCUGACAAGUUGACAAACAAUAGCUUGUCUUAACAUUGUUAUUUCAGCUCUUAAUGCAUUUAUCACUAAGAAAAUGCCUUGUUUCAAAGUUCAUUAUGCAAAUAUCAGUUUGUUAUAAUUGGGCCUGUUUUUACAAAUGCUCUUAAAACUGAAGAGCUUGAAAUAAUUGGAAUGAUUGCCGUGCUCUUUGUCUGCUGCUCUUUCUAAGAAAGUCAGAACCAAAUGCAAUCUUCUCUCUCCCAAAGAAACUUGGCUACUAAUGCCCUUUUCUUUGUUUUGUAUUCAAACUGUCCUUUUCUAGAAGUAUUGUUUACAGGAGUAUCUAGUUCACAGGUUCUGAAGGCAAUGGAGGAACUCAUGCUCUGAUAUGUGAAACAUUUACUAAGUACACUUUAGUGAAGACUACAUAGAAAACCCCUGAGGUGUAUGGAAGUCAGAUGUCAGGUGUGCUUUACAUUAAGUGUUUUGCUUCAGAAAACAUGAGCUAUAAGUCUUGAAAAGCUUUUCCUUCUAAUUUUCAGAAGUUUAUUGGAAACCUGUUUAUCAAAUGAAUUUAGAAACUUCUUUUAAAAUGUGUAUUUUUCUUUCUCAGUUGAAAUUGAUGUGAACAGGGAAUAUAGAUAGGUAAUGAGUCAAAUCCAUUAAGACUUGUCAGGUUUUUUCCACUUAAAGUGAAUAAAUAUGGUAAUCAAGAAUAA